AUGGCGUUCCCCGCCGUGAAGCUCCCGCGGGCUGCCCCCGGACCGUGGUGCGACGGUCUCGGGCCCGGCGCGUUCGACGAGGCGUUCAACGUCACGCUCGCCGCGUGGAACACCACCGGCACGAACACGAACACCACCGGUGCCCCGCUCGUCCUUGGGUCGGGCGGAUCGAUCACCGGGGCCUCGUUCAGGCAUCUUUCGACAUGGGCCUCAUAUCCCUUCAACGACUACCCCUCCGUCUCGCUCGUGAACGGCACCCUCAUGCUCAACGGCGGCGUCUCCGCCACCCCUUCGCAAGCCACGAUCGUCCAGGAGGGCUCGCAGCCCGGCUUUGUGCUGAGGAACGACGCCGUCCCAAGCGAGGGCGCCCAGAUCUACUGCGCUGUGGCGGACACGGACCCCGCCGGCCACGGCACGGGCCACCCCUUCCUCGCGGUGAACGGCGACACGGACUCGUUCCAGCUGUGCAAGACCAGCUUCCAGAACGUCGUGUACUGGAAGCCGAUCCCCGACCACGGCGAGGACUUCGACACGUGCUACCCCGUCAAGGUCCAGGUCAUUUUCCAGGACUAA